CGUUUCUUCCACAUGAACUUGCCACCAAAUCCAAACCAGAUCCACGGCGAGGAAAACAAUCGCUUCAUUUCGCAAGCCCAAGGAACCAUGAAGAAGAAAUCCUUAUUUCCUUUAAUGGCACUACUUUCCCUGGCAAUUGCAACUACUGCUCAGGAUUUCGAUUUCUUCUAUCUUGUUCAGCAGUGGCCAGGUUCCUACUGUGACACCAAGAACAGUUGUUGCUACCCAUCCACUGGAAAACCUGCUGCAGACUUUGGCAUCCAUGGGCUCUGGCCUAAUUACAACGAUGGUACCUACCCAUCUAAUUGUGAUCCUGAAAACUCUUAUGAUUCGUCCAAGAUUAAGGACCUAAUAGGCAGAAUGAGAGCAGACUGGCCAACCUUGGCAUGUCCAAGUGGUGAUGGCUCCAGGUUUUGGGCACAUGAAUGGGAGAAGCAUGGCACCUGCUCGGAAUCCAUUCUCGAUCAACACUCAUACUUCAAAGCAGCUCUCAACCUCAAGAAGCAAGUGAACCUCCUUCAAAUCCUACAAGAUGCAGGAAUUGUACCAGAUGGUGGGUUCUACAAGUUGAAUAACAUUAGCAAAGCCAUCCGAGAAGCAAUUGGUUUUACUCCAGGUAUCGAGUGUAAUGUGGAUGAAUCUGGUAAUAGGCAAUUAUACCAGAUUUACUUGUGUGUGGAUACCUCAGGGACAGAGCUCAUUGAUUGCCCUGUAUAUCCAAAAAGCAAAUGUUCUUCACGAGUUGAGUUCCCCACGUUUUAGAGUUAGGUAUUUGCUUCAGGCCUUCAUGUCACAGUGUAUCGUUAUAUAAUUUGCUUGUUCCAAUAAACAUAAUGGAUCCA